AUCGCUUUGAAGCUUUUUGAAGCCAAAGAAAAUGCAAGCGACCUAUCUAUACUCACUCGUGCUCCGUUCAUCACGCCCUCCUUCAGUCAAUUUGUUCCGACAGAGUGCACCAUUUGUUUCACAAAAGCUGCCAACUGAGACAAGCACCACUUGUAGGAGUUUCAUCUCUGCAUCCAAAAGAGACUCGUAUGGCCACCAUUAUGAUGGCAAGUUGGUGGAUGAGAACAUGAUCCUUCUUAGAAUGAGAAUCCGUGAGAUUGAAAUGGUUGAAAUGAAGACUAAAGCUCCCGUGGAUUGGACUGAAUGGGAGAAGAAGUAUUUUGCGAAUUAUGGUUCAGAUGUAUGUGAGGCAGUUGGAUUGUUGCAGCUAUUGUUGAUGAACACUAGACCUUCAUUGGCAUUGGGCAUGCUGGCUCUGGUUAUGUUAAGCAUGUCAACGUCAAUGUCACAACUUGUGUUUCAGCUGGUGGAAUUGGCUAAAGGAAUUAUAUAAUAUCUGUAGAUGAUAUUUUGCAUCAAUCU